CAUGUUGGAUUUCGAAGUUGUUAUCUCAAUUUUUAUCCUUGAAAUUUUACCUCUUCGACUUACGGGUGAUACUGGAUCGUGCAACGGUAACAAUUAUCAACUAACCAACGUCCUUUGUGUGCAGUUUCAGGGCUGAAGAAACACAAAUGAUGCCGAAAUCAAGCUAUUACUCAGGGACAACUUGAGCGACCAUGCUGGUUAACUUUUUGAACAAUUAGGCUUUCUAAAAUGUCGCUCAAAAAGCCUUUAUAAAAGUAGCACACACGUCUCAAGGAAUAUAGAUCGAGGAGUCAUAGCUCUUUGACGAAAGAGUUGAUAAAGAGAGCAAUAUAGAACUGAAACCACAAGUAAAAAGUGCAGAAACUAUUGAAAUGGGUACUUCUGGAGGAGAACCAAAAACCCUUUUGAAUGCCCUUAAGCCUCUACUUGGCUUUGCUGGCGAUAUCAAGAGCCAAGAUGUGAUGCGCAUUAUCAGUUUGAUGCGAGAUGCUGAAAAACUCAUGAGCAGAUGUGUAUAUAUCAACAUCUUGAAAGCAACCAUUGUGGAGGCCAGUGAAAACAAAGACGCAGCUGGUGCAGUUGACAAAUUUAUCACAGUUGGGGGCUGGGCCGUUUUGAACAGGUGGUUAUCCGACGCUAAGAAGACAGAUAACUUACCCCUCGUCAUAGAACUUCUCCAGCUUUUAAAGGAUUUACCAGUAUCUGUUGAUACCUUGAAACAAGGAAAUACAGGAAAACUUGUCAGGAGUUUGACAAAAGUUGACAACAAAGAAGUCAAAGAUUUGUCUACUAGUGUCCUAAAGCAGUGGAUGGAUAUGGUCCGUACUCAGUCAGACAAAGCGGACAAGCCUCAGAAGAAUGGAGACAGUCCAGAGUCAGACAUUUCCGACGUGUCUGGGAAAGAUUUAAAAAACUCAGAUGUUAAGCUGGGCAAGAGACCAAGGGAUGAUGAUCCAAAGAAGUCACCAUCCGAAAAGAAAUUAAAACGCAGUAAUUCACAGGAAGAAAAUGGGAAACCAGUUAAAGUAAAAAAAGAAGUGAACAAGGCGCUAGCGAUGGAGAGUGCUGGUUUUAUGAACGCACUGGCAACUGCAGCAGUUGCAGCUCCGAGAAAGCGGAAAAGGCCAGCCACGACUGCACAAAAGACUCCUACUGCAACUACACCAACAACACCUACUGCCUCUACUGCUGUCAAGCCUUCCUACACUGGCAUCUUGGAUGAGAUCAUGAGUAACCAAUCCCAGACCCAUGGCAUUGAAGGUGCCAAGGAGAAAGCCAAGAGCAAAGAGAAAGAUGGUGGUAGUAAUGGUUCAGACAAACCCCCUACUGAUGGCUCAUCAGACGCUACAACUGGAGAUGCAGGAGAUUUUGCCAGCAAAGAAACAAAUGGGCUAGACAAGGACACCUCUCAGGAGUCAAGCACAACAGCCUCAACACCAUCAACUGCAGAAGAUGUCACUGAAUCUUCUGACCCCCCUGUGAGAAAACCCAACAAGAAGGGACAAAUGGUGACUUGGGCAGAGGACAACAAGAUUGCUACCUUCCAUUUCUUUGAGAUGGAUGAAGAUGAACGAGCUCUGGUCAGACAUCCUGUCAACUUCACAAAUGCUAUCCACUUAGAAAUGAUGAAAGAAAGAGAGCUGCUGGAGAAAGCCAAACACCUCAAAGAAGAUAAGAUGCUUGAGAAAGUGAAGUGGUACAAGCCUAAGGGAAUCGAGGGAAUUUCUGCAGCAGUUCUAACUGGAUCAAAAAGCCAGCAAAGGGCAAUUCAGAAAGAAAGAGAAUCCAGUGUCCUUGCAGAUAUUUUCUUCUCAAAAUCAAGUGUUCCUGACAGCCCUGCAGAGCCAGAUAAUGAACAUGAGAAAGUAGCUGCCGGGGAACCAAAAGUCAUUCCUCAUGACGAGAAAGGGACAACCCAUAUUCCUCCCAAAGAGAUGGCACCACCAACAACAACAGAGAGUUCCCAGAGUGGAGUUCAACUUCCAGGCGCGCUUGCUUCCCUUUUCUCUAGCUCAGGAAGCACACAAUCUACCCAACCAGCUGACAAAGUGUCCGUUCAGUCACUACUGGAUAAGAUAAUGUCUGGCGGUAGUAGCGGGCAGCCCAACCCACUAAUGCAGCUCUUAUCAAGUACGAAGCAGCAGCAGUCGCCCUCGCAAGACCAAGGAAGCAAUCUGCCACCGGCUCUCAAGAAUAUCCUGGAGCCAUUGAACAGGGGUGCAGCCCCUGGACCACGCCCACCGGGAGGACUUCUUGGAUCAGGACCUGGUGAUAGCCAAAGGAUGCCCCACCCAAUGGGACCACCGGGGCCCUUCGGCCCAAGAGGUCCAGUUCCCGACAACUUCAGAUUCCAGGGCCCCGGGGGCCCGCGUCAAGGCCCUCCCAUGGGCCCCGCUUUUCCUGGCCAUGACGGAAUGCGCAUGCGUGGACCCAUGCCUCCCCGUAUGCCCCAACCACGGCCAUUGCUCCCUGAACUGGCGAAAAGGGACGACUUUCACGACGACAAUUUCGAUCAGUUUGAAGGAGACGACGACGAAGGACCGAACAAUGGACCGAAUAUGCGCGGCCGUGUUCGGGGAGGCCCUCGAGGUCGAGGCCGGGGAAGGGGCAGGCGAAACCCACCGCCCGUCUGUCGUCACUUUGUAUCAAAUCGAGGCUGCUUGCGCGGCGAACAAUGUCAUUUUCUACAUCCGGGAAUCAAUGGCCCUCCGAUCUAGCCAAAUAUGUACAUAGAUAUGAAUAUUUAAUUUUUAUACGUGUCGAAAUUUGUAUAAACAUGCGUAAAAAUGGC